GGCACGCUGACCUAAGCGAAACGGUCCCUUCUCUUGUCACUUUCUUGCACUAUACUGGUACUGAUACCAUACCGUUCGCAUUGCUGACUUGCCCGUCCCCCAGAUCGCGCUGCCUCAUGCUGAGCAUGUGGCGUGCGUCCUUACCUCUGCUAUCGUCGGCACACCCCCACAGCACUCACCCUUCAGCCCUUCACUCGUCAGUCGGCUCUCGAACACUUCCAGCUCGGCUGCAGCAGAGCCAACUGUCGCCCCUCUAGCACCAUCAAACAAACUCAACGAGCAACAUAUCCAUUGUGGAAACGGAAGAUUCUCCUCACUUCUGCAGACCUGCCCUCUGCCUUGACGACGACAAUGACGACAGCAUUUUGAGCUUCGUGCAAAUGAAUGUGGCUGGACUGUAUCCCGUCUCGGAUGGUGACACGGCAUUCUGGAGCGUUGAUGCUAGUGCGCAUGACCUAAGUAUGUUGCUUCCCUUCCCCCGACGAUUCAGGCGCGAAGGAGAACCUUCAGUUACAGUAUCUCCCCAUGUAAUGCUGAAGCAGCACUGCAAUGAGUUCGACCUCCGCCAGACGGGCAACAAGGCCAUGUUGAUUGAGCAGUUAGAAGUAUUCAGUCGUGAUCCUGACUCAUGGGACAGGCUACGUCCAGGUGCCCACAAGUCCCACAAGGGACCUCGGACACACAAACCCACAGAUAUACCUAGGGCAGGCCGCACCAAGCAGAUGCAGCGCCGUGCGCAGUUGGACACGCGCACCUCAACUGAGGUCGCGUGCUUCUGUUGCCGUGGGGCUGAGAUGAUUGGCACGAAGUAUCCGUACCAGACGGCGACUGGUGCUGAGCCCAGUUAUCUGCCGCUUGCUAUAAGUAUGAAUGCACCCUAUCCUGCCUACAUUGAUGAGGACACCAUUGUCCAAAACGUGAGCUCAAGGAUCGUCAGCCUUGUUCAAGAUGCCCUCCAUGAACCCAGUGCUGUCUGGUCACCACCUGCGCUAGGUGCCGAAGGUUUUACUCACUCUGGUGUCGAGACCAUUGCAGUGGAAAGCCGCGCACCUAGUGCAUCUCCGCCGCCGGCCAUAGGAAACCCCCGUCUACUCCACCUUGGAGAUGGAACCAUCCUACAAGUGGACGACAGUGAGAUUCCUGAUCCCCCUGCCAUCAGCUUCGCACACGAUAUUGCACACCUAAAUAGCAUGUGGGAUGACCAUAGUGAGUACUGGAAAGGUCUGUCUGUUAUUGUCAUCCGCGGCCAUCCAAUUGCAGUUAAAUAUUGGCCGGUACUCUACCGCUAUGGCAAAGACAAGCAGUGGAAGGGCCCGAAGAAGAAAUGGUCUGAUUGGCGGGACAUUAUCGAGUGUUACCGUCAAGGCAGCCCAGAGCAGUUCUGGGCUACCUUCAGUGCUAAAGGAGAGCACAUGAAGUAUAGUGCCAUCGUCGACAAGCUGCAUGAUGUACGCAAGUCGACUCAGUCCCGCAUUGUGGAACAGGUGCGCAGAGAGUUUGGCGCCACAUUUGAUACUGAUUUUACUUACCGGAGGGGAGGUGGAGAGUAUGUCAUGACAAGGCCAUCUGCUAUCGUGAAAAGGUACUUUGAGUUGACUAAGUGCUGUAGAUAGGACCUGUAUCUUCUGUUAGGUACACAAAGUUUAUGCUGCCGGUAAUACAAGUAUUAGCACCGCAAUUGCCAAUUAA